ACCAGUCAGGAGUUGAACAUCGUUAGGUUGCCUUCAUCAGUUUAAAAUUGCAAUUAUUACUACAACAGGAGUGUAAAAUCCACUUUUGUUUGCCGCUCGCUUAUUUACGCAGUCAGUUCUUCAAAAAAACAGAGGCUGUUUGAAAUUAUCGACUGUUAGCUGAACUUGUUGAGGUUCCUGCGGAGAAGAGGAGCUAUGGAUUUGGUGUAUCUGGUGUGUUUGGCGCUGAGCAUCGGGGCUCGGUUCGCCUCUGCGGAGAGACACAGCGUCUAUUGGAACAGCUCGAAUCCAAACUUCCUGUGGGAUGAGUACACAGUGGAAGUGCGCAUCAAUGACUAUCUGGACAUCAUCUGCCCCCACUACACCCACGGUGAGGUGUCAUCGCAUGUAGCUGAGCGCUAUGUGCUGUACAUGGUGGAGAGGGAGGACUACGAUGUGUGUAAACCUCACUCCUUUGACCAGCUCCGUUGGGAGUGCUCGCGGCCCUUCGCUCUCCACGCCCCUGAGAAAUUCUCUGAGAAGUUCCAGCGCUUCACACCCUUCACCUUGGGCAAGGAGUUCAGACAGGGAGAGAGCUAUUAUUAUAUCUCCAAGCCUAUGCAUCACCAUGGACAGGACUGUCUGAGGCUGAAAGUGGAUGUCGUCGGGCAUAAAGGCUCUGGGAAAACUCACCUGGACAAACCCAAAGCAGAGGAGACAGGGAAAAGCUCAGAUGAAGGAAAAGUGAUGUUUCCUGCCACUGGAGGAGUGCACAACCCGUCUAAUCGGCUCCCAGCAGAUGACCCUGCUGUGAUGGAGCCAAACGUCCAGAGGAGUAUCGGCAGCUCAGGAGCACCGCUGGUUUCCUUCUCCCUCUUCUUUACCAUGAUCCCAGUCUUAUUAUCCUUGAUGCUGCACUAAGGCUGCUGACCAUAACAGAGACAAUGCUAACUCAAUGCUGGUCAUUGGGACCAUGAACACUAAGAAGUUUUUUAAUACAGAUUUUUUUUUUUCUUUUUAUACAAGCAUGAUCAGUGCGUGUGUGUGUUGUGAGUGUGUGCGUGUGUGUGUGUGUGUGUGUGUGUGUGUGUGUGUGUGUGUGUGUGUGUGUGUCAGUGAGUGUGAUGUGUUUGUUUGCGUGAAUGUGGAAACGUGGAUCGUUCCAAAGAAGAAGACCUCAAAGAUGUUUUUUCUUACUUUAUUACAAGGAUGGAUUUCUCAUUUUUGACCAUUUAAGAUGCACACUUUUUUUCAGCCAUGAUGAACAAAACUGGAAGCAAACUGAUCAAAAGACCUUAUAAAUUCACAUCAGAUUGAAAAUGACAAGAGGAACACAUUGUCCUCAUUAUGUGUUUUCAGAUUUUUAUACCAUUGGUACAUCCGUGCACUGUAUUACUGAUCUCAAACCGUCAAUGUCUUUUUUCAUUCUCUUCAUGUAAAGAAAUUAUUGAUUGUGUAUUGGAAAUGUUGUCGGCUACUGCCUAUACAUAAUGUAGGAUUGUUGUCAUGUAGCACUCAGCUCCCUGUUAUGUCUCUUAAGUCUCCUUCGAACUCACUUUGAGUCAGGUGCUGCAGUUUAGAAAGAGCAGAAAGUGUCUGACAUCACAUGUUUUUUUUAAAUUGUAAAACUACACAAGUAAACAAAUUGUCUAAUACAAACUAGUGGUUCUCAGCCAACUUAUUAUUAUUUUUUUAACUCAUUAAGUAAUACUUACUGCAUGCACAGAGUAUAGAACCAUUACAACUAUAAAACAAUUAAUUUGGAUCCUCAUGUAAAUCGUGAGUCAUAAUCUUGCCAAUCUAUUAUAAGUUCUCAUGUAAGUGGUUUGGAGAACCUAACACUAGCAGGAGUGUCAGGGAGCUGAGCCUCUUCUGUACUAAUGGUUCUUCACUCAUCUCUGCUGUCUUGGUAGUGUCAUGGUAUGAUGGUACACUGGCUGAUGUUUGCGAUGCUUGUUCACAUUGUCAAACCUCAAAGUGAAGGGACUUGCCACAAUUUAUUUACAUUAGUUUUUUCUUGUCAAACAUACUAGUGUCAUUUUGUACAUGUUUAUAUGUAAAUUUGUACAUAAAGAAAAACUAUAAGAAACUGUUUAAGAUGUGAAAAAUCUUUAGUGAAAUAAAAAAAAAAUUGUGAUGUAAUAAAA